AUGGCUAGCCAAGCAGCUCACCCGGGGACCCCAGCCCUUUUCACGCAGCCGCCGCCCAUCCGCGACCCGCUCGUGACAGAAACCACCGAUCUGCAGGACGCAACCCUCUCCAAAUGCCUGCCAUUCCUCAAAGGUAUCUCCGACCUCCAGAAGGGUCCUUUUAAUCCAUGCGGUGUACCUGCCCUGCAACGCGACGAUCAUGUCGAAUACCUCUAUGAUUCCUUGGAAGACUAUCCCGCCGGCUUCGUCGCCAUGGACUCUAGCCGCCCCUGGAUGAUCUACUGGGGGUUGGCAGGAUUAACACUUCUGGGGAAGAUCGUGAUUGCAUCAAUUCGGCCCAUGCAGAAUCCCACGGGUGGCUUUGGUGGCGGCCAUGGUCAAAUAUCUCAUCUCGCUAGUAGCUAUGCAGCCGUUCUGUCGCUCGCAAUGGUCGGGGGGGCGGACGCCUUCGCAUUGGUGGAUCGACAGACAAUGUGGCAAUGGCUGGGUCGCUUGAAGCAGGCCGAUGGAGGAUUUCGCGUUUGCGAAGGCGGGGAAGAGGACGUGCGCGGCGCAUACUGCGCAUCAGUCAUUAUAUCGCUCUUAAAUCUGCCCCUGGGCUUGCCUCCUACCUCCGAGGCUCGACUCGCGGGCUUUGACAAUCUUACAGAUGGCCUUGGGGAAUAUCUGUCACGAUGCCAGUCUUUUGAAGGCGGUAUCUCGGGGAGCCCCGGUGUUGAAGCGCAUGGUGCUUACGCUUUCUGUGCAUUGGCAUGUCUUUCCAUUUUGGGUCCUCCCGAAAAGACCAUUGCAAAGCACAUGAAUUUACCCCUACUGUUGUCUUGGCUAUCUGCACGUCAGUAUGCCCCAGAGGGUGGGUUUUCCGGACGUACCAACAAGCUCGUCGACGGUUGUUACAGUCACUGGGUUGGCGGAUGCUGGCCACUGUUACAAUCUGCAUUGGAUGGCAAGCCUCAAUCUGCCAGUGCACCGUCCAUGACGGUUGGCAGUCUGUUCAGUCGCGAGGGAUUGGACCGAUAUAUUCUCGCGUGCUGCCAACACCCCCAAGGAGGUCUCCGCGAUAAGCCUGGAAAGCAUGCGGAUGCUUACCACACCUGCUACGUUCUCACGGGCUUGAGCGCAACACAACACCACCAUUAUCGCACGGACUCCAGCCCCUGUGCCAACAAGAAUUUCUCCUCGGCAUUUUCAUGGCAGUCGAAACCAACUGGCGCCGAGGAAAAUGUAUUUGAGAAAAGCGACCGAUUAACGGCGUUCCACCCCAUCUAUGUAAUCCCGCACCAAGCUGCCGAAAAGAUGCGGCUCUGGUAUGAAGCGGAACCCUUUGCAACCUAG